UGAUCGUACUUUUAGCGAGUUCAUUGAUGGGUUUACAUUGUGAAUGCGGUAUUUCGUACUCUCGGUUAGGUUAUUUAUUUAUCUGAAAAAAUAUAGGAAGGAUAUAAAUCUCGAUACGCAAGAUGUUGGCAACAUUAACUAGGCCCUACCUAAUGGACCAUACACAAGCGAAAGAAAAAAGUCGACUUGCCCCAGUUGGACAUAUGCUAUGUAGGGUAUGUGGUGACAAAGCGUCGGGUUAUCACUACGGGGUGUUUGCUUGUGAGGGGUGCAAGGGAUUUUUUAGACGAUCGGUGAAGCAUAAAAUAGAAUAUAAGCCAUGCGAGAACUCACAGGGCUGUCUCAUCAUGCGUAUAAGUAGGAACAGAUGUCAAUAUUGUCGUCUGAAAAAAUGCAUAGAAGUUGGAAUGUCACACGACGCUGUUCGCUUGGGAAGAUGUCCGAAAAAAGACAGGCCACGAAUCUCGACAAGAAUAAGCCUACCCCAGUGUGAAAAUGGCCUCGUAGAUAUUGAGGUUCAGUCACGCACGGAGCAAAUGGUACUGAACAUUCACCAAGCUUUCAAAAACAGUCGAUCUAAAAGCAGACAGAUAGGAUACAUGUUCCAGAGUCUUCAAAACCUCAACAAGACGUAUCUAGAAUGUCUACCCACUUUUGUAUGUGACGUUACGACCUUCGCUCGAGGAAUACCCCAGUUUCGUGCACUUGCUGUCGAAGACCAAUGCGCACUUCUCAAAUCUGGACUCCUUGAAGGAUCUAUUGUUCAACAGCUACCCGAUGUGGAUAUAAUCGACGGAAAAAUCGUCAAUAAAAAACUCAGUCUCUGCAUGGGCAAAGAUGCUUUACUGCACCAAGGUCCCGCAGGAGGGGUUCUAGCUGGUUCUUGUGAUAUCUGGAUAAAGUUGAAGGCAUUGAACCUUACAGAUGUUGAACUGGCCUUGUUUUUUGGCCUUUUAAUAUUUUCACCAGACAGAGGGGGUAUACUAAACAGAUAUGCAAUUGAACGAGUAGAGAAUGACAUAUCGCUUGCACUUAAGACCCAGACGGUGAUAAAUCACGACUCAGAUUCGUCGAUUUUCCCCAAAUUGAUCCAUUUAUUAGUAGAUCUUCGUGAAGUAACCACCCUAUAUUUGGAAAAACUACUAGACAGUCCAUUAGAAAAUGACACCAAUCAAGGAUUAAAGGGACAUUAUAUCAACAAUUUCACUAUAAAUACAUAGUGAAGGAUAGUUCCAAAUAAGCUUUACUUCAAGUCUCUGGACCUUCACCCUUCAGUUACUUCUUCAGUUACUGCGCUUUAUGGGUGGGGUCGCAUGGGAUUAAGGAAAGACUAUUUCUAAAUGUACGAUUAAAUUAUGAAUUUAAACAUUGUCUCAUGUAACAAUAUUCUAUGAACUAGAUAAGUUACGUUAUAUGUGAUAUACUCAGAAAAUAAUAAAAUUGCUUUAAAUAGUCAGAAAACAA